ACCCCUCCGGGUUGUCUCCGGCCGGCACGACCCAGCGGAGGACGGCGGGAGGGCCGGCCACGCCCCGCCGCGCGGGGCCCAGGCUCCGCCCAGGCCCGGCGCCGGCUCCCCGACACCUCCCCUGCGUCCUCCGCGCCGGCAGUGCUCGCACCGACGUCGCGCCCGCACGGCUUGGGGCGGAGAGGAGAGGCUUAGACGUCUGGAGAGCCGGGGCAGCGGAACUGACGCCACCGGACUUCCGGGGGCGGCCCCGGGGGAGGUCGGCGGCGGCGCCGCAGUCGUGGAGGGACGGUGGGAGCGUAAGCGGCCGCGGGCGACGCAAGUUCCGCAAGGAGCUCUCCUUGCCUCACGCUUCUCCUUCCUCUCGCCUAGUCGCGUGCUGCUUCCCGACCGCAGCUCUUCUUGUGAGAGCCUUCGGAGUGCGGUUGCUGAGGAGAAGCCGUCGCCACCCCGCCUCGGGGCCGACUGACGGUGCCUGUCGCGCCGCGUCGCCCCCUGCGACGCCUCCUUGCCCCCAGCGGCGGGCGCCCUUCUCACUGGAAGCACUCCCCCCAGCUCCAUGAAUGGAAAUCGGCUCCGCAGGACCCGUUGGGGCCCAGCCCCUACUCAUGGUGCCCAGAAGACCUGGCUAUGGCACCAUGGGCAAACCCAUUAAAUUGCUGGCUAACUGUUUUCAAGUCGAAAUCCCAAAGAUUGAUGUCUACCUCUAUGAGGUAGAUAUUAAACCAGACAAGUGUCCUAGGAGAGUGAACAGGGAGGUAGUUGACUCAAUGGUUCAGCAUUUUAAAGUAACUAUAUUUGGGGACCGAAGACCAGUUUAUGAUGGAAAAAGAAGCCUUUACACAGCCAAUCCACUUCCUGUGGCAACUACUGGGGUAGAUUUAGAUGUUACUUUACCUGGGGAAGGUGGAAAAGAUCGACCUUUCAAGGUGUCAAUCAAAUUUGUGUCUCGGGUGAGUUGGCACCUACUACAUGAAGUACUGACAGGACGGACCUUGCCUGAGCCACUGGAGUUAGACAAGCCAAUCAGCACUAAUCCUGUCCAUGCCGUUGAUGUGGUGCUACGACAUCUGCCCUCCAUGAAAUAUACACCUGUGGGGCGUUCCUUUUUCUCAGCUCCAGAAGGAUAUGACCACCCUCUAGGAGGGGGCAGGGAAGUAUGGUUCGGAUUCCAUCAGUCUGUUCGGCCUGCCAUGUGGAAAAUGAUGCUUAAUAUUGACGUUUCUGCCACUGCCUUCUACAAAGCACAACCUGUAAUUCAGUUCAUGUGUGAAGUUCUUGACAUUCAUAAUAUUGAUGAGCAACCAAGACCUCUGACUGAUUCUCAUCGGGUAAAGUUCACCAAAGAGAUAAAAGGUCUGAAGGUUGAAGUGACUCAUUGUGGAACAAUGAGACGGAAAUACCGUGUUUGUAAUGUAACAAGAAGGCCUGCCAGUCAUCAAACCUUUCCUUUACAGUUAGAAAAUGGCCAAACUGUGGAGAGAACAGUAGCACAGUAUUUCAGAGAAAAAUAUACUCUUCAGCUGAAGUACCCGCACCUUCCCUGUCUGCAAGUGGGACAGGAGCAGAAACAUACCUAUCUGCCACUAGAAGUCUGUAAUAUUGUGGCAGGGCAACGAUGUAUCAAGAAGCUAACGGACAAUCAGACUUCUACUAUGAUCAAAGCAACAGCAAGAUCUGCGCCAGAUAGACAAGAGGAAAUUAGCAGACUGGUAAGAAGUGCAAAUUAUGAAACAGAUCCAUUUGUUCAGGAGUUUCAAUUUAAGGUUCGAGAUGAAAUGGCCCAUGUAACUGGACGAGUACUUCCAGCACCUAUGCUCCAAUAUGGAGGACGGAAUCGGACAGUAGCAACGCCAAGCCACGGAGUCUGGGACAUGCGAGGGAAACAGUUCCACACAGGAGUUGAAAUCAAAAUGUGGGCUAUAGCUUGUUUUGCCACACAGAGGCAGUGCAGAGAAGAAAUAUUGAAGGGUUUUACGGACCAGCUGCGUAAGAUUUCUAAAGAUGCAGGGAUGCCCAUUCAGGGCCAGCCUUGCUUCUGCAAAUAUGCGCAGGGGGCAGACAGCGUGGAGCCCAUGUUCCGGCAUCUCAAGAACACCUACUCUGGGCUCCAGCUUAUUAUCGUCAUCUUGCCGGGGAAGACACCAGUGUAUGCGGAGGUGAAACGUGUAGGAGAUACACUUUUGGGUAUGGCUACACAGUGUGUUCAAGUCAAGAAUGUCAUAAAAACAUCCCCUCAGACUCUCUCAAACCUGUGCCUAAAGAUAAAUGUUAAACUCGGAGGGAUAAAUAAUAUUCUUGUACCUCAUCAAAGACCUUCUGUGUUCCAGCAACCAGUGAUCUUUUUGGGAGCAGAUGUCACUCAUCCACCAGCUGGUGAUGGGAAGAAGCCUUCUAUUGCUGCUGUUGUAGGUAGUAUGGAUGCCCACCCAAGCAGAUACUGUGCUACAGUAAGAGUUCAGAGACCCCGACAGGAGAUCAUCCAGGACUUGGCCUCCAUGGUCCGAGAACUUCUCAUUCAGUUUUAUAAGUCAACUCGGUUCAAACCUACUCGUAUCAUCUUUUAUCGGGAUGGUGUUUCAGAGGGACAGUUUAGGCAGGUAUUAUAUUAUGAACUACUAGCCAUUCGAGAAGCCUGCAUCAGUUUGGAGAAAGACUAUCAACCUGGAAUAACCUAUAUUGUAGUUCAGAAGAGACAUCACACUCGAUUAUUUUGUGCUGAUAGGACAGAACGGGUCGGAAGAAGUGGCAAUAUCCCAGCUGGAACAACAGUUGAUACCGAUAUUACACAUCCGUAUGAGUUUGACUUUUACCUCUGUAGCCAUGCUGGAAUACAGGGUACCAGCCGUCCUUCACACUAUCAUGUUUUAUGGGAUGAUAACUGCUUUACUGCAGAUGAACUUCAGCUGCUGACUUACCAGCUCUGCCACACUUAUGUGCGCUGUACACGAUCUGUUUCUAUACCUGCACCAGCGUAUUACGCUCACCUGGUGGCAUUUAGAGCCAGAUAUCAUCUCGUGGACAAAGAACAUGACAGUGCUGAAGGAAGCCACGUUUCAGGACAGAGCAAUGGGCGAGAUCCACAAGCUCUUGCCAAGGCUGUACAGAUUCACCAAGAUACCUUACGCACAAUGUACUUUGCUUAAAAAGUCCAAGAAUGUUCUCUGAGAGGAAGAACCGAAAGAUGAAUCGACAUACAACGUAUGUUUCCAGUGGAGUCAGUUGAGUGGUGAUGCCUCCAACCAUACAGAAACCAACACUGUUUGGGGGCCAGGGUCUGAUCUUUAUGUUGAUGCAAGGAAGAUUGUUUACUUCAUCAAGGAACACAGCACCAUUAUGCAAUAUGAAACCAGCCAACUGCUUUUUUGUGCGGUCUCCUGUAGGAAGUAUCGCAGUUGUUUUGUUUUCACUUUCUUGUAGUCUAACCCUUUUAAUGCCUUUACCUCAAGUUGCUUGGCAGCACAACUAUCUUUGCAAAAAAGUAAAGAAAAAGAAAAUGAUGGUUUUAAAAAAAAAACACACACCUACAUGAAUAAUCAAAGUGAUUGUUCACAAUUAUGUGUGCAAAAAAAAUAACGUGCAUUCAUGUAUUCUUGUAAAAGGUAUCUAUGUAUAUUUUAAAUAUAUACAUGCAUACUUCAUAUGCAUAUAUAUCUGGAUCUACAUUGAUAAUAGAUAUAUAUGUGUCUAUGUAUAUAUUUUAUAGUUCAUUCCAUUGGGGAACUUUCUUUCCCUCUUAUUCCCCCAUCACGACUUUUCUUUCUUUCUCGACCUGCCUUGCCUUCACCACCUACAUUUUUUUUCCUAAUGCUAUCAGUGACAUUCAGAUGUUCCUGUAUCUGGUUCCUUUGAAUAUGAAGCAUGGCAAACUAGAUUUUAAUUUUUAUUUUGCACACCCUACUCCUGUCUCUUGUCUCAUACACAAUUCUGAAUCCUCAACUCUUGAUAGUGCUUUCUUAAGAAACAGAAUUAUUUUAUAUAUAUAUAUUUGUUUUUGUGAGAGUGUGUGUCUGCCCCCUCCUGCUCUGAACUUACAUUUGCCAUUUGUGCAAUGUGUACAUAAGCAGUAGCAACCUAAACUAUUCUUUUUCUUUAGUGAGUUUGUUAAAGCUGCUAUAAAUAUAAAACCUUGUCAGAAGUUGUAACUCUUUCUCUCUAUAAGUGAUAUGUAUUCUAAAGCCUUCUGUUUCUAUGGGUUAUACAUGGAAAUCCCUUAAAGCUUUUAUAAAGGGUAAAUAUUUUAAAUGAUUGGAAGUCUGUAGGGUUGUGGCCUCUGAAAUUGGAUGGAGGGGCGGGGGUUGUUGAGGUUUUUAAAAUUUUUUGUUUGCUAGUUUACUUGCUGCCUCUCAUACCUUAAUGUGAUUUUCAUAUAUAUAUAUUUUUAUAUAUAUGUGUGUGUAUAUAUAAACAUAUAUGUAUGUGUUUUAAAGUAUAGCUUCCUUUUCUUUUAUAUUUAUUAGAAUAGUGCUUUAAUAAUUAUAGAACCAUAUUGGCCACAUCUUUUAUAGAAAUAUAAUCAUGUUUAUUUUAAGAACUGACAACUUCUUUUUGCUAUCUUUUAGUGCAAUAAGCAGUUUUAAAGGAAAGCUGUGUCUGACAUCUUUACCACAGAAAGUGGGAGAAACAGGCACCUCCAUAAUUUUAAAAGGGCAAAGUAAUACAGCCUUAAUUUCAGAAGGAAAGUUUUGUAAUUUUCAAGUUUAAAGCAUGUCUUUUAAAAAUCAUAAUGAAAAUGAAGGAAGUUAAAUUUCCUAAAUGAGUCUGACCUUAAAUAUUAGAAAUAAAGUUAAAUUUUGAUUUAAGCAGGACAGUGAAUAGCUUAAGAUUUAGAAGAUAUUUAAAUUCUUUGAAAAUAGAUCAUGUUUAUUGAAGAAUCAUACUGGUUAGGUGCCCAUUUUCAUUUACUAAAAUGAAUCAGGAAAAUUAAAAUGAUAUUUUAAAAACAUUUUUGCUAACAUCAUCAUCGUAACUUUCCUUUUAAAAUUAGGGUUAUGGUGACAAAGGAAGUUAGGACUUUGAUAAUUUUAAAUGAGUUAAAUCACUGAAAUGUGGAAAAAAGUUUUGCAAAACUUUUGUUUUACUGACUUCACGUUAAGAUAUUAAAAAGUACUAUAAAGCUGUCAAGACCGAGUUCAUCAGUAACAUUGGAUUCAGGGGAGCUUUGCACUUUGUAACUCAUGAAAAUUGCAUUUUAAUUUUUUGGUUUUUGCACUGGUUCAGAGUAUAGAUGUUAAAGAUUGUUUCCAGUGGGCAUUGUUCUUAACCUUUCAGUAUUCCAUCUGCACAUGAAAAUGAAUGGAUUAGCUCUUUAGUUUCUCUCUUACCUAUAAUCCACUCUUAUUGCCAAUUUACUGUAUUUUGAGCCUAAAAUCUGAGCCCAUGUCCUCCAAUAGGUAUGAAAUCUUUUGUCCUCUGCCAGAAAACUAGGAAAGUACUGUAUUUUGUACGUUUAUUAUAUUGAAGUGUCUGAAAUGCAAUUUACAACACUGUUUCAAAGCUCUUUACAUGAGAUAAUAUUUGUACAGUAUAUACAUUUUUUCUCCCAACCCUGCCCCUAAAAAAGAUUCCUAGUAAGCAUGGUUCUGGUUGGUUGGUUGUUUUUUAACAUUGAAAUUUCACUGAAUAUAGUCAGGAACAACGGCAAGAGAAGAAAGUAGUAUAUCCUAGAUGGUAGAAACUUGAUUGCUCUGUGCUUGCUCAGUAUGAGCAAAACAUCUUCCUUUAACGGUGAGAGUUGCAGUUUCAUGUGGGAAACUUUAGGGCCCAGGGAAGCACUGUAGAUACCCUUUCCCUAUUUACUGUUUUACCUAAUUUUCAGUUACUUAGUUUCACAUGUGCUAUAGUGAAGCCAAUUUGGAAGGAAAUACAGAGGGUUUUUUAAAUAUAAAGCUUUACCUUUGAAGUGAAUUCUUUUGGGGGGUUUCUUUCUUAGACUUUCAACAGUGCUAGUUUAAGGUUAAGUUUGAGGUUUCAGCAUACUUGAAAGAGUAUGUAUAGUGUAUUUCUGUUUUGCUUACUAAUAAAUUGGUAUAUCAAACCUAAUUACAAGAAAUCUUGUGCUUAGAAUUUUAACAUAGAAGUCUAAGUGGCAAAUACUUUUUGAAAUUUGUUUUAAUUAUUACUAUACUUCUGGUGUCGAAUUCCGAUCUUUUUUAUUUUUUUUAAAAAAAGGUUGUUUUGAAUUUAAUGGUCAUGAAACACAAUAGUGACCUUUCUGUGAAGAGUUGGGAGUUUUAAUGUAUAUUCUGGAUGGCAAAUGUGUCUGUGUAAAGUGCGGAUACAUGUUAUUAUCUUAGAGUAUCAAGUUACUGGCAUUGAGGACCAUACAUUUAUAAUACUGUAGCUGCUAUAUUUAUUUAAUUCACUAGACUCUGACAGUUACUGCACUAAACAAUAAGGAGAUGAGCAGGAUUCAAGGCUAGUGUUAGACCCCCUUUUUUUCCCUAAAUAAGAUUAAGAACGUGAAAUAUCAAGGUAACAAUGGGUGCUGCCAUUUUAGUUUCAAUUUAAUAUCAGAAUACUCUUUUGUUUUAGAAAUGUGGAUUUUGACUUUAGCAGUUUUGAAAAAAGGUACCUCAACCUCCUCAGUAGUGGUUUUUGGCAUAUUUUCACAGAAGUACAGAUGCCCUCUAUUUUUUCUUAAUAUUUACCGUUUAACAAGUUUCUCAGAAAAAAUAUUGUCUAUGGAAAUCUUCCUGUUUGUAACCAUUAAUUUAUUUCUCUUCCUAGAAGAGAGUCUAGAAGGGAUUCUAGUAGGAAUGUACUGGGUAUUUCGGAAGGCACUUGAUAAAGAUUCAUCUCUACCUUCUGACAUAGGGACUCCUAGCCUUCUAAAGACCUGUACUAGUAUUCCAAACUAGAUUCUCUGAUGACCCACCACUGCCUAAUGUUUACUUGUAUAUUCUCUAGUGGAGUUUAGUAUGACAGGCUUAGUCAUGACAGACUUAAGGAAUGUCUAGGGAAAUAAAAUCUGAGUUGCCAUUCAAUAGAAACGGCUGGCAGAGGAUCUCAGUGUUUAAAGAAAAAGUGAACACUCAGAGUGCCAGUAAUAGAUCUGAAAUAAUUAGAUGGAUUAUAAACCAGGAAUUAGAGACCAUUAUUCAAGGAAUUUGGUGAGUUUUUUCAGAGGCUAACAGGAAUUUGCCAAGGGUAGUGAUUUUCAUGAAAUCCAUGAAGCUAGCCACUUGGAUUCAGCUAGAAUAUUUUGUAGUCUUGCUAUUUCAAACUUGAUGGUAAUGUUUUUCCAAGAAGCUUAACUGUCAGCUCUGUAUAAUUUUUAUUCAGUAUCAUUAAACCUGAGUUAAAUAUUUGCUUAACUCAUCCUCUUAGAUGUUCUCCUAUUGAAUACCUUUAAAGACAAGUUGCCCCUAACAGUAACUUGCUACUUAAAUUACCCUUUAUUCACUUAAACUGUAAAAAGACAUCAUUGGCUUGGCAUCUUUAUUUUGGCAUUUUUUAUCCAUAUGGAGUUAAUCCUUUUCAUUCUUUUUGAGAAUUCAUGGAUGUCUUAAAGCUUCAGUAAUAAUAAUGGGAGGCUUUUAUCUCAAGUGAGGCCUUCCUGAGUAGCAGUAGAACCCUGACUCUAAUAUAUGUUGUAUUUUCCUAUUUCCCUCCCAUUUGAUCAUGUAAAGCACUUUUGUGAUCCUAGAGGAAUCAAAAAAUAAGCCAAGAAUAGACAUGUAAAAUCAGUACAAAAAUGUGAAAGUGAGAAUUUUCUCCAAAAAAUUGUUUUUUAAAAAAAUUCCUGCUUGUACUAAGAACAUUCUUUAUCAGUGGCAGUAUUAGAAAUGAUACUGUGAUUAGUGAAACAAGCUGACUCCCCUGUGGAAAAAAAUCACUCUCCUCUCUUUGUCUCUCUCUCUCAUAUAUAUAUAUGCAUAUUUCAAAGGGAAAAAACACUUACUACUUUUUCCUGCUUUUAAAAACGGUACUACAUUUUAGUUUAUAAUUUUCCGUGUUGGUCAAAAUAAUUUUUCUUAACCAAGAGAUAAUGGUCAAGGCUUGUGCUAAUAUUAUCUACUGCUAGUUGAAUUUUAUUUUUCUUUACCCAUCAAAGUACUCUAGAUUUUUACAUUGUUGAUUAAACCUCAAGAAUCUUUUGCUCUUAAAGUAUAGAAGUUAAAGAUUCUAAUUUUAGUUAAAGAUAGAACAAUAAUAAAUUUAAUAUGGAGCGUUGAGAUUUACCAAUGAGAAACCCUGUUGAAGUAUCAAGUAACAAGCAAUGUGACAAAACUAAGAUCCUGUCAAAUCAUCUAUCCAGCCAUUGGUCUCCCUUCCUUUUUGAUAUCAAUGUCUGAGGUAACCAAAAUCUAAUGUAUCGAUGUUAGGGUCUCAGUAUUAAGCAAAAAUGUUCUUCAGGGUAGGCGCUGAAUUAAAUUUUUAAAUCAUUUUUUAAAGUAAGGCGGUUCUUAGAAAGUGCCUUUUCAGAAGAUGGUGCUGUAGAUUUUUAUUUUUCAAAUAGCAUGAGACUAAAAAUUUAAAAGAUGAAUUAUUUUAGAACUCCAAGAGUGAGACAGUUUCAUAUAAAUAGUUAUUCGUUGUCCUGAAUCCAGUCCAAGGGAACCAGGUAAAGCUUUUAUUCAGUAAAGUGUCUAGGUAAAUGCUCACCAAAUGUAUUUUGUAAGUUUGAAAACAAAAUUUUUAACAGAAUUGACCCUUUCAGUUCUCAGCUAUGUUGACUGUAAUCUAUAAGGCACAAAAAACAGCAAAUCUGCUUAACUUUUUAACAAGAGUAUGGAUAUAGUAGCAAGUGAGUGCCCAAAGGGAAAGGUAACUUGCCAGGAAUGAUAAGUCAUAGGCUACCUUUCCUUUUUUUUUUUUUUUAAUAUAGAUUGACCCUUUUGUAAGUAUUUAAAUAUCUGUUGGUAACAUUUUCUAAUUAAUCUUUAUUAAAGAAAACUGCUUAUAAAGGGAGAGCCAAGUCAUCAUGGAAAUUGGUUUAAGAGAAAAAGUAAACUGAUUAUGUCUCUACCUAUGGGGAAAUUUUCUUUUUUAGGCACCAAAAAAUAUUUUAAAUGAUUCCCACUGUGUUCUAGCAUGGGGGAACUAUGAAAAAUGAUGACAGUGUAUCUAAAAGGGUAUGAUCAGUUAAUUAGAAAUAGAACAUGCGAAAUUGGGCUGUGGAGGAAAUAAGCAAAAGGAAGGAUAAUAGCAGGACCAUUCGUACUUCUUAGAAAUUUAGUAAUCUACCAGAAAGCAGUUUUCCCCUGGACUCGGAAGCAGUGAACAGCUGUAAAUGAUCACCUAACCAGUUCUUGCUUAUGAAUUUGGUGAGCAUUCCUCCAGAAAAAAAUAGACUAAAAACAAACAAAAAACACCACACCUCAGUAACCUUGUAUGCUGCAUUAUGUAAUAAUGAUAGUAAAUUUAUAUUGUUUGGAGUGUACUGUGUCUGUUUGCAAAUAUACAUGCACAUUAAACUUUUUCAUUUUUUAUAAUGUCUUAAUAGCAAUUAUGAGUUUAUUUUUUAUAUUAAUUUUUCUAUUGUGAUGUUUAUAUUUAUUGGCAAUUUGUGUGCAACUUUUAUAUUUUGCUUAGAUGUUGGUUUUAAGGUAUUUUAUUUUUAUAGAUAUUUCUAGUGUUUCCUCUUUCUUUGUAAUAUUAGCAAAGAUUAAGAUGGAAUGUUAAUAUACCCACCAAACUACUAGUUCCAUAAAGUCUAGAGUUUGGAUUUUUACCAAUAAACCAUUAACACUAUUUUCUAACUUAGAAUAUUUAAUGUUGUUUAUAUAGUGGGCAUUAAAGACAGUCUUUAGAUAGAUUUCUAAAUGUGGAGGGGAGGUGGGGCUUUUCUGUAAGUUAGAUUUCUUUCCCUUAAGUAGCAAACUAACACUAACAAAUUGGAUUUAUUUUACCUGAUCUGCAGUUCUGGGACAACUUACCAAAUAAAUGAGUGGUACAUUUCUUUUUUUAACUUCAGCUACAUUCGAAACUGCUGAAAUGGUCACAUCAUCCAGCAUUAGGAUUCUGAUACCAUUUUUAUAGACCUGGAAAACAAAUAGCAAAUGAUCCAGAAGUCACUGAUAAUUGACUUUGAAAUGGGAUUUUUCCCCCGUAAUUAUAUUAUGUGGAAAAUUAGCUACCCUCAUCUUUUCUCCAGCAUACUUUUAAAGUUGAUUCAACCCUGAGUAUCAGUAACGAAACAGAGUUUAAGUGGCUAGGUAGAGCCAGGGAUAAAGAAUGAUUAAAAUAAUAUUUAAGUUAAUUAAAAAUUUAAAUAAUAAUUGAUGAAUGUAAAUUAAUUGAAAGGCAAUGAAAAGUAUGAUUGCAGAAUAUUCAUUUCAAACAUAUAUGGUCACUCCAGUUUCCUAGUGAAUAGAUCAAGAUUGCUUAUAUUGGCACACUUUUUAUAAAGGUAUGUGGAAAAAGUGAAUUCUCUUAAGCAGAUAAAAUAUUUCCAUUUUAUUUUUACACUGAAUUUGCUUGGUAGGCCAUUUUUCUGUUAGAGAUUAAAAGAUAAACUUUAUCUCGUUCUCUGAGUUUUAAAUUCUAAGUUAUCAAGGCUCAGUGUAUGACAUUUUGCUGUACUGUGAUCUAUUCUUCCACUAAGAGGGCUAAAUGAAAAAGCUUCAAGUAAUUAUCAUUGGGAAAAAGUUAUUUUUAUAUCAUGUAAAAUUUUACAACUUACAGUGAAUCAGCAUGUGAUUUCAUAUAGACAUUGGCCAUAUCAUUUCUUUCUGCAUUUUUGCCAGAUACAGUAAUUUUUUUUUAAUAUACUAUUCUGAGCUACUUCCUUCACCCUCACAUGAAGUAUUAAUUGAAGAUUGGUACUAUGAUUAUAGGAAUUUGUUGCUGCCAAAUAUGUUUCAAGCAGUCAGAUAUAUUUUUGUUGCAAGCAUAUGCCCUCCUCAAGGAUAUUUAUCGUGCUUAUAUCUUUAUUAGUUUUAUUCAUUAUGUUUCAACACUAUCCUAGAUUGAGAGGCAUAUAAUCCUUGUAGACAAACAUUUUUAAGGCAGCCUCAAGUAGAAAUAGUCCUUUAUUUUCUUUUUUUCCUCCUGAAAGCUUAUAGGAACCUGACACAUAGAGCUUCUUUUGCUUUUUUAACCGGUUGGCCCCAUAAAUCAAGGUACCUAGCAUCAGUACUGAAUUACCACAGUGAAGUACUUGGUGACUUGUUCAUGUUUAUAGUCCACCUCCUAAGAAAGAAAUGUUUCUACAGUAAGUAAUAGUUCAUCCCAAAAAAGAACUGUCAUGAACAGUCUUACCUGAAUAGAAAACAGAUGGGAGUGUUGGUCAUUAGAACUUUGCUUUAUUUUGGUUUUAUUAUUUCCAAAAAUUAACUAUGCACAUCUGUCAUUUUAUAUUUGGAGUUUAAGAGGCUGUGCCAGAGACUAGAGAAGGAGAUUACACUCUGGUAUUUAAUGCCUAAAACUUUCCAUCUUUAUUUACCUCAUGGCUUUAGUUGGAAGGACAAACAAAAAUCCUUCAUUUGGCCCUUUAAUAAUAUUUUUAGAACCAAAGAAGGAAAGACUCUCUACAAAAAAUGUUGCAGAUGUGACUCUAUCUUUAUUAUAAGAACCUAUAGAAACAGGAGGUCUUUGUAAAGAAACAGAUCAGUGGGAUUGCAAUAAGGGUAUGUAGUGAGGGGGGAAAUGAGGAAAAGAUUUCUUUGCUGGAUCCUUGGACAGAAACCUUAACAAUUGUUUACUGUUUAUCUGGUUCUCACAACCCCGUGGUAAAAGCGGGACUGUCGCUGUUUGAACCUACAGAAGAGGCCUCAGAAGAGCGCCUCCGUGAACUAAGCUUACUUUAUGUUGGUUGUGCAGACCUAGAGCUCGAUCUGUUCCUGGUAAAUUGGAGAAGUCUUGGAAAUUGCUUCUGAAUGACAAUAAAGAGAUUAAAUGAAGUAUGUAUCCUUAAAUAGAGCCAUGGCAUUGCCAUCAACAUGGCUUCUCCAACUUUUCCCUUUACAUAGAAAACACCAACCAGAGCCUUUGCAGACAAGGUAGUCUUUCCUGUAAAAAGAAAAUGUUUUUGGUGAAAGAUUUGGAAAAAACACUGGUAGGUUGUAAUGAAGGAGGAAUUUUGCCUAACAUAGACAGUCCAACCAGGUUAAUGGAUACAGUUUGGUCCCAGGGAGUUUAACAAGAGGAAGCUUUUGUUCUGGUAGCAACAGACUUGGAUCUCCAAUGGUAAUUAACUGUGAAGAUCUCCCUGUUUCACAGAAAGAGAAGGAUCUCAUAGUAUUGAUGAUGACCCUGCACAUGUGCACAAAACCAGAAACAGCAAGCACUGACCGAAAUCUGCUAAUAGUUUGACCCUACAAGAUUCUUAAAAAGUUUUCUAGGAGCUUUCUCAUCUCUUAGCCCAGGGUACAACCCCUUUCUCCUCUUUAAAAAAGAAAAGGAAGAAAAGAGGAAGGAUUUAGAGGCAGUUUACAUAGACUUCUACUAUCAGUAAAUAAUAGUCUUUAAAAUAGUUGGGGAAGGAAGAUCACAUGCCACAAGUUAUAUCUUGAUUGAGAGACUAUUUGAGCCCUUUUUUCAUGUUUAGAUUCUAAAGUUUUUCCUUUGACAUACCAUGCUUUGAUUUACUUGAGGGCUGUCACUCUGUUUUGUGAUAUAAUCAGUGUCUCAUGCAUUUAUGAAUCAUGCAGUUCUCUCCCCACCCCCAUACACACACACACACACUGUUAAGGGGGAGGGAUAAAACAAGAAAAAUAGAAUGAGAAUCAUUAGAAUGCAACUUUAGUUAAUACAGAUGGAAAGAAAUCCUAACCCGAUUAAAUGAGAAUUGAGAUUGAACAUGUUAAUGCUGCAGGUAUUAUCUCUAGCUAUAGAGUGAUAAUGUGAACAGACUGAAUAUCUGAAAUACGAUGUUAUAGCAAAGUGAUGAGAAAAUUACUCUUGAAAGUAAUAUUCCAACCUCUGCAAGAGAGACCCCUAUCUUCUUAAAAUUAAUAUAGCUUCUGGUUUUAAUGAAUCAGACUCUGAUUUAAACUUUAAAAGGUUUGUGACUUUUAUUCUGACAUGUCUUCUUAAGUAUAAAAGUUGUAUUGAAUGAACACAUAGACUAUUCUUUCCUCUUAAUUUACACAUUGAUUUUCUCCGACUUCAGUUAUGUAGAUCUCUCUCUCACAUAUGUCUCGAUAUAUGCAAAAUUCUAUAUAAAAUUUUUUUUAACCCAUUUCCUAGUCAAACUUGAGCUGUAGAGGAGAAGGCAUGGGUGUUUUCAAGUGCAGGAACUUUUAGAGGAUCACAACUGGAAAACAGCCGCUGAGAACUGUUGCCUUUGGGAGUAGAAAGAGCUCUAACCAGGAGCCAGAACCUUGGAAUUCAAUCAGAGCUCUACCACUAAUUUGCUCUGCGUCCUUAGGCAAUUUCCUUAAUCUCUCUGUGCCUACCUUGUCAAAUGGUAGUGAUAAUACCUGCCCUCACCUACCUCACACAAUUGUUGUAAGAAUAGGAUAAUGUUUGUGACAGUGCUUGAGUUCUCCACAAGAAAAGCUAUUCAGAAGUUCAAGAUAAUGGAGUCUUGUUGUAUGAAGGGUUCAGUUCCAGUUUGCCUCUAUGAAAAUAUCUUUAAUUCUCGAAGAGCAUUUUAUCAAACAGGUAUAAGAGAAACUCAGGCCUUUUCACGGUAUGGUGUUCACUUACAAAUGGAUCCUGUUCUGUUUCUCCCCUGUCAGAUAGCCAGCACACAGGCUGAAUUUUUCUUUAUAAUAAUCCUUGGCAAAACUGUAACUUCAAAAACCAAACUCCUUUUAGCGGUGCUAUGGCAGCUGCGAUUGUAUUUUGAGUUAGAUUAAUGUGAAACCAUCAGAUAAUCAGACAUUAACUUGCCUUUCGCCUUCAGGUGUUUUUGCUACAUGUGGCAUCAGAAGCUGUUGUACAACCAGAUAGUUAAGCCCUUUGUUUCUUGGCAUAUUUUUGUUACCUUUUUUUGGAGUUAGGUUAGGGGGUUAGGUUUUUAAGAAGGAAAGUGUGCUUAUUUCACUCAUCACUUUGCAGAGUUGAACCUUGCUUUCCAAUCACCACGUACCUGUAAACGUUAAAAUAUGGUAAAAGUUUUUCAUUUUAAUUCAAUUCUGAGCAUCUGCAGGUGAUAUCAGGAAGCCUCGUGGUGUCUGACCCAGUUUCCUUCAUGGUUGGUGGGCAGAACCUGACAUUUCGACAGGCUUACCCAUUUCCAUGGGGGGAAGGGGCUCUUCUUUCUAGGAAAUAACAAAGGGCACAUCGCCACAGGUUGUGUAGGCAAUGCCUUGUCACAACAGACAAGUUUGUUUUUUUGUUUUUGUUUUAAGAAAAAAGGAUGCAUUUUAGGUAUACAGGGUAUGGAUGCAUUCAGUGUUUAUUUUUUCUCUCUGUAGAUGCUGACCUCCCUUUUUUGCAGGCAGUUGGGCUCUUCCAACUCAUCACUAACAUAGUGGUAUCUGUCUUAGUUUUAUAGGCUAAUGAGAAUUGCAAGUACUGAAAGUGAAAAGUUGGAGAGAUUCAUGCUUGGAAAAAUGAACAAAAAAUCCACCUUGCUGAGUGAGAUAACUAAGAACAUUGAUAUAUCAGGAAUUCUUUUAAACAAUUUUUGCUGUAAUGUGUAGCUUUAAUGUCUCUUUUGAGUUAUGGACCCAUAAAAGUAUUACUGUAUCUUGUGAAUAAAGAUCAUUCUUGUGGACUAGUAUAUGGAUGCAUUCAUAGGCUGUGGGAAGCAGUGGUGUGUGUGGGGGUUGUGUGUAUAAAGAUUCUAUGUUUAUAACACUGUGUGUAUUACAUAAGUUUAUACAGAAAAAAUGUUUCUUUAGUGUUUUAGGGACUAAAAUUGUAAUAUAACCAUUCCAGCGUAAUCUGACCACUCACUCUAGAGAACAUUUAUAUUACACACCAAUGCACACCCUUGAAGCGUUGCUAACUGCUCCCACUUUAGAUAAUUGCUGCUUUCUUUUUAACCCUAAGUAAUGGAGGAGGAAACAGCACUCUUUAAAGGGGCUUUUCUGAACAGUAAAAUGUAAAUACAGGACAUGUGGGAAGGGUGGGGCCACCUGCACAUGUCUUGCAGAUGGACAAAUAGCCUUUUCAAUUUUCCUUUUCAACCAUCUUGACCGUGUGUGCCUAUUUGUAUUGCAGAUGUGAACUAUUUUUGGGGCUUGAUAUCAGUAUGUUUUGAAACUGAAUUGUUACAAAUAAAAUCAGAGUAACCUCUUUCUCCAUCCUCCCUUUCCACACCAACUAUUCUUGCCAAAUAUUUCUACUGACACCAAGUUUGAGCAUGGUAAAGUGCUGGACUCAGACCUCCUUCCUCAUCUUCCCUACCCUGUCUUAAACCUGGCCUGGCCUUAUAUUUUUUGUUGGCUUUUCAUAAGUAAGAACAAUUUACUGUAGUAAUUUAAGGACUGCAGAAUUUCAAAAUGUGUAUCUAUAAGCCUUCCUUUGUUAAUAUUUGGUUACACAGUAACAUCAGUUAAAACAGUGGAAUGAGUCUGAGUUUGUAAUAUGCUAUAGGACCAGAUAAGAUCUUGAAGGAUACUAAACUUGACUGCCACAUUUUGUUAAGAGGAAAUUGGAACUUUACGUGGUGGGGGUGGGAGCAAGUCUGUGAUGAUAUAUAUGUAAUCACUGUAUAAUUCGAAACACCAAAUGCUGAAUCCUAUCACUGUGUACUUAGGGGCCAGGCUUUGGAUUUGAUUGUCAUUUUAAUUCCUUGAAGACUAUGUAAUUAUGAUGAGCAGAGGCAAAUAAAGUUUUUAAACAAAAGUGCUUUUUUUCGGUAUUUAAAGUUUAGUAGUAAAUUUUCUACUUUCAGUUAAAUUAUCUUCAAAAAAAUUACUACAAAAAACUUAGGGUUGAGAUCAAGAAGCUUGAAGAAGCCGCUUUUUAAGCAGUUCAAUCACUUACAAUGUUUUAUGUUAAAGAAGUUGUCAUAAUUCUUUCUGAGCCAAACUGUCACUAGAAUGUCCUGUGACAGAACCACUCUUCUUUUUUCUGCCAUUCUGCAUAUUGGAAGCGUUCUAUGUUGUAUUUGUUUUCAAUCCUUGAUUUAAAAAAAUAAUUAAUGGUUUUAGCGUUGCUUAGCUUCAGUUUGAAGUGUAACUUUCACUAAUAACUGCAAUAAAAAGGAAAGCUUUGCUCCAAA